AUGGGUGAGAGUAAGAAACGAAAGAGAUGCAGAAACAAAAAGGGUAAGGAGGAGCAACAGAUUAUUCCUUCCACUUCUGCUAAGCGCACGAAGUUAAAGGAACCGUCCACCUUUCUUGAAAAGAUGCGAGCAAGAUUGUCUGGUGGGCAUUUUAGGAUGAUUAACGAGAAGCUCUACACUUGCACUGGGAAGGAGGCUCUGGAUUAUUUCCAGGAAGAACCAUCGCUAUUUAACAUGUAUCAUGCAGGAUACAAAUCACAGAUGUCCAAUUGGCCUGAACAACCGGUUAAUGUAAUUAUCAAGUGGCUGAAAAAACAGAGCCCUGCUUUUGUUGUUGCUGAUUUUGGUUGUGGGGAAGCACUCAUUGCUAAAAGUAUGAAGAAUAAAGUCUACUCUCUGGAUCUUGUCUCCAAUGAUCCAAAUGUAAUUGCUUGUGACAUGGCAAAUACUCCCCUUGUCUCCUCAUCUGUUGACGUCGCGGUCUUCUGUCUUUCAUUGAUGGGAACCAACUACCAAAGUUACCUUGAAGAAUCGAAUAGGGUGCUAAAGCCUGGUGGUUGGCUUUUGAUAGCAGAAGUAAAGAGCAGGUUUGAUCCAAAUACGGGAGGAGCAGACCCCCAAGAGUUUUCAAAUGCUAUUUCUGACCUAGGUUUCAACUCUGUAAAGCAGGAAAAGCCAAUCUCCAAGAGGAAGGAAAUUGAGUGGCCAGUACUUAAACCUUGUCUGUACAAGCGUCGAUGA